UUUUUUUUUUUUCUGUAAGCAUAACUGAAGGACACUUCUUUCAUAGAAACCUCAAUAUGACAGCUUUAAGAGAAGAGUUGCGUACUUUGCUUGGUCAAGUAUGUGAACACCAAAAGUUAUCUUCUCCUGCUUUAGCUAUGCAACUUAAAGACGAGUUAUCUAUCAAGAAACAAGUCUUUUCAAAACUACUCGAUAACUCACCCAAGAAUGCAGAGCAUCGUAAAAUACUUCAGUCAGGAAAAGCAUUCAUCGACGGCAAAGAGUUUCGUGUCAAUGAAGACUUUAUGAAAGAAGCAACAUACUUGUCUGAUCAGCUUGACGUGGAUGAAUAUGAAGCUUCUCGGUUGUUAUUUGGUGGUAUCAGUGUUGCACCUACAAUGAACUCAACGCCUUUGGAUGCCGCUGUUUCUUUAUACCAUGAUGAACGAGGAUAUAUUUUGGCCACAUUGAAUGUCAUUUUAGAAACAAUCAAGAAUCCAGACAUUGACCAGCAUGUACAUUCUAUCUUUAAUGCAUUUAUCAUGGAGAUUAUUGAAUCAAGUCCUAGUCUUGUUAUCAACAUAUUAAAAUCAGAAAAACACUUGGCAAAGAUGAUCAGUGCCUUGACAAAAAACGGUGUUCUGGAUUCUGUUCCUAAGCCUCAGCAGCAGCAGCAGCAGCAGACUUCUAUGUUACAACAACAACAACAACAACAACAAACUACCUUACAGCAUGCAAAUGACUCGAAAUUCAAUGAAACAACACUCAGUUUACGUAUCGAAAGAUUGACAGAUGAACGUAUUUACUUGGUCCAGAUUUUGUACCAUAUUGCUUCACUCUUUUGGUUAGCAGAACCUGAUUUGUUGGGUGUGUUGGAACAUGUUCAGUCAAAGAACUUGUCAGAUAUCACCUAUCCUUAUCUGUUGACGGUCGUUUUAGCUGCUCUUUCAAGUAGAUCAAGAGAAUGUACAAAGCAUCAGCUCACAAACAACGAAUCCUUUAUCAAAAAAGUACAUGAACAAAUCACCACAAAGCAAUGGAAAGUCAGCACAUCAAAGGCCUUGGUGCAAAUCCAAUGGGGCCUAUGGCUCUCUGAAACAGUCAAAACAAAACCCACGAUUGAAGCCACCCUCAAGAUGAACAAACAAGAACGCAUCACAUUCAUUGAAUCAGCUCUUGACUUGGAUGCUUUUGGUAUCAUGAACCGAUAUUUGCUGUAUUUCAAGCAAAAUCAGACCAACAGUGAUAACGCAAGCAUGAUAAAGAACACAGAUGUAGAAGAUUCUAACAUGGAGAUUGACGGUCUGAUUGUGGAUUUAAACGAUUACACAAAGUUUGUAGCUCAAGUAUGGACUGAUUUUCAACCCUAUGUUGUCUAUGAAUUGGAGUCUUUUAGUUCUUCUUUUAUCCUCAACAUGUCUGAUGUGUUUAGCAACUUCAAGAAGGUGUCAACUGAAGCAUUAGGCGAGGAACAGCCGUAUGAAAGUGCAACAGAAGACAAGAACAGUUUAGGGCAAUUUUUGACGUUGUUAGCCAGCAUUUAUAGAGAUCGCCUGAAUGCUGGACUCAGCUUUUGGGAUCAAUCGACUGGACUUAAUCGAUUCUUGGCUUGGCUUCUGGAUUUUAGAUCACCCAACACACUCGCUGCUACUUUUGAUUUCUUGGGUGCUAUCUCUGCUGGUGAAAAGUGUGCUUUGUGUGCCCAUGAUAUGCUCAAGAUUGGCAUUUCAUCUACAAAUAUUGAUGCAAGCCAUAUUUUCUCUUGGGGUAAACUCUUUGGCACACUACAGCAUUAUGGUAGAGAAUACGCCAACAGAUCAUCCGAAGACGAACCUCCAGCUAUGCAAGCAAUGGAAGAAGACAUAUUACACAAAUUCCUGUAUCUUUGUCAACAAGUCGUUCAGUACUCUCAAAAUGCUCGAAUCCUUGUUUGGUCUGAUCCAGUCUUGCGUGCCCGUGAUUCUAUUGUUCAAAUGAUCAGUAGUCCCACUUCUACUCGACUUCGGGCUGCUCUUUAUCAUGUAUUGGCUGCUUUUUGCUCUAAUUGGGGCGGUGGCGUUAACCAUGUAGGACAAAAGAUCGCUUUAGAUGUAUGGAAUAUCUUAGAGUCUUCAGAUAUGGUCAUUGCCAACAAGACUAUGGUAUCACAGCCAGAAGAACCCACCGUCAUGGAAGAUACAACGCCUUCUCUUCCUCAAGCCAAUAUAUUAUUUGGCAGCAGUCGUCUUCCCCCACUUCAACCACCACCAUCCUUCUCGGAACCCACCAAAUCAAAGAAAUCAGCCCCGUCUUAUUGCUUACCAGAACAGCCUGCAGGGUUUCUUUGUGAGUUCGAAGAUGAAAAGAGUCGUCGCUUAUACACAGAAACAUUAUCUUUAUUGGACUUGUUUGCUUCUCUGAUCCAUACCUCAAGUAAAAGAGAGCAGCUCUUGUCUGGAUUUGCUCCUGGUUUGUCUUCUAUUCCUUUCUGUUUGGGUAAACACAACAACCGUUCGCCUGGUACUGCUCCUUAUCUCUCUCUUGUGAUUGAUCAUAUCUUUCUGAACCUCAAUCAUCUGCACUACGCUCAACCUGAAAUCCAGUGGCAACUCUCCGAUGCUUGCCUUCAGAUCAUUGAGAACAGUAUGGCGUCUUUUGAUUUGCAGCCUUUAUACGAUUAUUUAAAAUCAAGAGAAGACCAGUCUACACAGACCAUUGUAAGCUACACAAAAGCAUUGGACGAACCUGGCUUACCUCCUGUCAACACAGUCGAUGCCGAUAAGGACCUGAUGCAAAACACCCUUUUAGCCUACACGACACAUCCCGGCUUUGAUAUUCUGUUGCGCAUCUUGUCCGGUGGAUCGCUUGUGCAUGAAUUAUUCAAGUUGGUUGAAAAGGGCAAGGCUGCUAUUAUCGAAAGCAACAAGAACAAAGCAGGCAAAAACAAAUAUUUUAGAUCUUCUAUGGUGCGUUGUUUGCGUAUCUUUCAGUACGUCUUUUCUAAACAAGAUAUGUUUGCCAACAUGCUUGUACCUCAAUUAAUGCAUUAUGCCACCACAAUGCCUAUGGGUAAAAUUAAAUUGGGCAAUUUCGAAUUCGCUGCUCCUCCUUCUACUUUACAAUCCUUGGCCAAGUUGAUGUUGUAUGAUACUGAAGUGAUUGUACAGACCGCCUUGAUGGUCAAUUGUGAAGAUGACCUGGAGAUCUGUCGUCUUAGUAUGUCUGUGCUUACCUAUUUGGCUUCUGAACCUGACUACAGUCGUUCCAUACUAUCUGCUCGUCUUCCCAAUCACAUCCAUAUCCAUAUGGGCGGUAUUGGCUCUCAAUUGGCAGGUAUUUUAUCCGCCAACCGUUGCUCGUCCGAUAUCAUCUUAGGCUUCAGUGAACGUCUUGAAGUAGAAGGCAUGGGCACAAUGACCUAUGAUGACUAUGAAUAUGAUUUCAAUGUGAUUCCCUUUUGGUUUGCUAAGGAUGUCAUUAGCAACAUUCACAACUACAAGGAUCCUGUCUCUAGCUUCUCGUCUUCUAUCUAUGCUUUGAUCUUGGACAUGCUUCUCAAGAACACAGAUCCCAAUAUAUCCUCUCCUACCUUUACCGAGUUUUUGUUAGGUUACGAUGUAAAGGAACUAGAACUCAAAGGUGCACAACACAAAUCGAUUGGUAGCGAUGUGCCUUCUCAGCUCGCAUGUUUGACGACCAUUUUACACACCAUUCAAGCAGGUACACAAGAUGACCAUCUUGCUGACAGUCCUGUUUUCUCGCAUCCUGUCUUGACCGAGAAAUUCUAUCAAUUGGUGUAUCGCUUAAGCGCACGUCUAUCUACCUCAACAGCCACACUCCAUUAUCUUCGUAGUCUAGACACAUUCUAUCUCAAACAAUUCAAACUGAUUGCUUCUCGCUUUGAACGUAGUGUAUCUGUGGCUGAACCUUUGUUUGAGGGUGUUUUGAUCUGUGAGAAUGGGACUCGAGUUCAGACAGAUUAUUUCACCAUGGUCAGUGUCUUGAACCAACGCGCUUGGCUGCUUCAAUUGAUUGCUUUGGAAUUACAUCAAGCAUCACAUACGUCCUCUAAAUCAGCCAUUCUUCCUUUGCUCAAGCUAAUGUAUGGUGUAGAAACAGAUAAUGUGGUAGCCAAGAUGAGCAAUAUCAACCUAGACCACCAACAUGACUACCAACAGCCUCUUUGGGACAUGCUUGAGAUCAUCAACUCGCUUGAGUUCAAAUGGAUUGAUAGUAUGGACAGUCAAGAGGAUGUGAUGGAGCCCAACUACUUUAAAGAUUUUGAUCCCAAGUUGUAUAUGAUCAAGAAAGAAGAAGGUCAUGAACUGUAUGAUAUUCAAGCGAUUUACAAACUUCUUCGUCAAUACCAAACGAGUCAUCCAGAAAUGAAAUCUUUAGCAAGUCAGGAACGAGUCCAGUUAGAAUUAGAAAUGGGUAGUAUCUUGAAGCGUCUUAUGGCCGAUAACCGUCAUCGUGAGAUUGCGUAUGGUCGCCUUCAUUGCUUGCGUGCUUGGAAACAAGUGGUGGAAGUGACCCUGUCUGAUUGUUUUGAUAUGUUUACAUUUGCUGACCGUGAACGUAUUGUGUAUGAUCUUCUUACUAUGUUACUUUCCAAAUUAGAAGGCGAUCUUCAUGCGGAUGUCUUGAAAGGCUUGAGUGAAGUGAUCUUAAGCUUGCUGACUCGAUUAAGAGAAGACAAACGUAGGCAGUCGAUCUUGCAAUUGUCUUUGGAACAAGAUGUCUCUACUUUACCCAUUGAAAAGCUGUGCCAUAUGUUUGUCUCGAUUGUCAAGGCUAUCUGUAAUACAAGCUCCACAUUGGAUGUACGCAGCACGUUAUAUUCUGCUCUGGUCAAUUUAUUGCAGUACAUUGCUCCUGAAGAAAACAAGCAAGUGAGUGCUCGUUUAUCUCAAGCCAUGCAUACCGACCUCAGACGACAACUUUUGGAUGCUAUCUGUAAUGAUGCCAACCUUGGCCUUGAUACCUAUAAAGCUGCUGCAUACAGUGCGCUGGAGGCCCUCUACGUCUUGGUGGAUCAAGACCAUCGUUCUAUCAUGCAUGAUUACUUGGUUCGCGGUAACUUUUUAAAGUUGAUUAUUGACUUGAGUCCAACGUCAGAUACCGUGGUACGAGAUAAGCAUGAUUCCCCUGUGCUUUUGCUUAUUCAUGAAGCCAAGAUAUCUUUCUUUAUGCGAAUUGCUGUCAAAAGAGAAGGAGCGCAAUUGCUUUUGAAGGGCGGCAUUGUGAAUAGUUUAAUCAACUAUAAAUUCACUUAUUUACGUCCCGAAGAAACCAAUGAUACAGAUGCUGUGGAACACCAAAGAAAGUUCUUGACACCUGUACUCGAAUUGAUGAAUGCUAUUCUAAAAACACUGAUUAGUUAUCAAGGAAUUGAAAUUGUUAAAAUUGAACAUUGGAUUGCACAUCAAGACAUGAUUUCUCAUAUCUUGAAAGACACUGAACAGCAAAUGACUCUCUCCUCACUCUACAUUCUCCAACUUGUUAUUUCAUUAAUAUACCAGUUAAGCACACAACCCAAUUAUUUCAAGCACUUGGAAAAGAAGGAACUUGAUUCAGUUGAUCAUGCUAUGAUGAGUCUUAUUCCAAAGUAUUGCAUGUUACAGAACAGCACUUCCCUUGUUACUUAUUCAAACGCACAAAAAGAGAAAUGGGCCAAAGAAAAGAUUUUAGAAACUCAUCAUGACAAUCAAGGCUCUGUGUUUACAAUGAAAGCUGACAAGUACAUUACGGAUAUCAAGAACAAUCUAUUGGCAUAUGCAUUAGCCUCCACCUUUAGAUCUAAUGACAAGAAAUCCUUCAAGCCUUUGUUUGCCAACACACUUGAUUCUAUGAAGCAAGUUGCUCCCAACACUUUACAUAGAGCUAUGUCAACGCCUUCUCUGACUCAUUUGGUUGCUUGCUUACAAUACACUGGUAAAAAAGCAAGCAAAGCCAUUACUGAGUACACAUCUCUUUAUGCGCAAAACAAAGACGUAGCCUCUCUGAAAUAUGAAGAAACAGUGGAACUUGCACAAAAGGCUAUUCCAAAAGAAUUCGGCAUCGAGUAUGACAGCUUGAAUCCUUCACAACAGUCCCAGGUAUUACUGCGAGAAAUUAAUCAUCGUCGCCAUCUCAAGGAACAAGAAAUCCGUGAUUUGAUGUUUACGAUUGAAAAUGCUACUUUUAUUCUUUGGCGUCAUUUGGAAUUCUACUUGAAGAUUGAAUAUUCUGUUCCAACAAAUUACAGUCCAUGUGAACGGUAUGCGAAUGAAGAUGCUAUCAUAUUCCAACGAGCUGCAUUCCAUACUUCGCCUGCCUUGAUACAACAGCUCAAAAAGGCUUGUCAAGAAACGCUUGAUCCCAUUGUUCAAAAAUUAGAGACCUUAUCCCCUCCUCCUUCAGGCCCCUCAACAUUAUCCAAUAUGUACAAACGCCUUCGUCAAUUGUAUGAAUGAAUGCCAUAAUAAAAUGAGUCCCA